AUGGGGCUGAAUUUAGCUGUCAAGGUGCAUCCCGUAGUUUUAUUCCAAAUAGUGGACGCUUAUGAACGCCGAAAUGCUGAUUCUCACCGAGUUAUUGGAACUUUACUGGGCACGGCGGAUAAAGGCGUGGUGGAAGUGACGAACUGUUUCUGCGUGCCGCACAAAGAGCAUGCGGACCAGGUGGAGGCCGAGCUUAACUACGCCAUGGAUGUGUAUGAACUCAACAGACGUGUCAAUGCCUCUGAGAGCAUUGUUGGAUGGUGGGCGACGGGCAACGAGGUGACCAACCACUCGUCCGUGAUCCACGAGUACUACGCGCGGGAGUGUCGCGAGCCGGUGCACGUGACCCUGGACACUUCGCUGCAGGGUGCGCGCAUGGGUCUGCGCGCCUACGUGUGCGUCGCGCUGGGGGUGCCGCGGGGCAAGCAGGGUUGCAUGUUCACGCCCAUCGAUGUGCAAGUCACCAGCUAUGAACCAGAGGUAGUCGGUUUGCAGUUGUGUCAGAAGACAAUGGGACCUGGAGGGCGCUCGAGGCAGGUGCAACCGGCGCUCGACCUCGCUCAGGUGGCCGAGGCCGCCACUAAGCUCUCCUCGCUUCUAGAGCAGGUGCUGCAAUAUGUGGAGGACGUGCUGGCGGAGCGUGUGCCACCGAACAACGCGGCGGGCCGGCAGCUGCUCGAGCUCGUCAACUCGCUGCCCAACCUCUCUGCGGACACUUUCGCCGACGCCUUCGCGUCCAGCGUCAAGGAUCUGCUCAUGGUGGUGACUCUAGCUCAACUCAUCAAAACGCAGCUGCAACUCAAUGAGAAAUUAACGUUGUUGACGUCACAGUGACGAUAAAUCCUUGGCCAUUUCACGUCAGCCCCCGCAUCGCCACAAUGGCACAUGUUCACAAAAACGUGUACAUUACUGUCAUACACUAAAACCGGGUAUUCAUUACCGAGCUGUAAAUGUAACGCGACAGAUACAAUAACGAGGUUCUAGCGUGUGCGCGUGAAACAGUCUUCACUCUCUAGAAUGAGUACCUGGUUGUCGUCGGCUCACGGCUAACUGCACGAAUUGAGCUCGCGAAUCCACGUACACACUAUGACUUUUUCAUCACACUUGCAAUAAAACCUUUUUUCUUUCCA